GCGUCCACACCCUCAUUUGCUUUCAACCACACAGACCCACACAAGAGAGGCUCACUCCUGCAGUACUGGUGUGAGAACAAUUGAGGGGUCAUGGCUUUCGCGGGGACGACCCAGAAGUGCAUGGCGUGCGAGAAGACGGUGUACCUGGUUGACAAGUUGGCCGCCGACAACCGUAUUUACCACAAGGCUUGCUUCCGGUGUCACCACUGCAAAGGAACCCUCAAGCUUGCAAACUACAAUUCCUUUGAAGGAGUUCUCUACUGCAGGCCACACUUCGAUCAAAUUUUCAAGAGAACUGGCAGCCUUGAGAAAAGCUUUGAAGGUAUCCCGAAAAUUGUCAAACCAGAAAGACCUUUGGGCAGUGAGAAACCCGCUGCGGCUAAAGUCUCGGGCAUGUUUGCUGGAACAAGAGAGAAAUGCUUUGGUUGCAAGAAUACUGUAUAUCCAACUGAGAAGGUGAGUGUGAACGGAACUCCGUACCACAAAAGCUGCUUCAAAUGCAGCCAUGGCGGUUGCACAAUAAGCCCGUCAAAUUACAUCGCACAUGAGGGCAAACUCUUCUGCAAACACCACCAUGCACAACUCAUCAGAGAAAAGGGCAACCUCAGCCAGCUUGAGGGAGACCAUGCUGGAAACGAGAAAGUUGCAGCUAGAGAAGUUGCUGUGUGAGACAUAAAGAACAGCAUCUGCUAUACUAUGUUCUUUUCUCCCUCUUGCAUUCUCCUUCCUUUCUGGUCAAGACUGUAGUUUCUGUCGUCUGAAAGGCUUCAUGUAUCCAUUUUGUUCUACUCGAAAUGUGUUGGUCACCGUUUCUUGAA